AAGUUUUUCUGUUUCUCGGUUCUCAAUAAUAAAUAAUAGUAAUUAAUACAUUAAGAUAAAUGCUGUAUCACAUUACAAAGAUAAACAGGAUAAACUCCAGCCUCAAAACAGACGUCCUGGCCCUUUAACGGUCACGUGGGGAGCGUCGUAACCUAGGAGACGUUUUGUUUACUUCCGGGUUGAAACCAGAGGGACAACAACACACCCGCGACACCGAGCAAAGCGGAUUAACGUCCCGCAGAGAUGGCAGGGGAGACUGAGGACGACAUACCGGAAUCAGGAGCAGUUUUCACAUUUGGAAAGAGCAAAUUUGCCGACAACGUCCCGAGUAAAUUUUGGCUUAAAAAUGACGUCCCACUUAAAAUAGCCUGUGGGGACGAACAUACCGCCUUAAUAACGGAAAAUGGGAAACUCUUCAUGUUUGGCAGCAACAACUGGGGCCAGCUCGGUCUGGGAACCAAAGUGACCGUGAACAAGCCCACUUGUGUCAAAGCUCUGAAGUCUGAGAAAGUGCAGCUCGUGGCCUGUGGAAGAAACCACACUCUCAUCUGUACAACUCAGGGGAAAGUGUUGGCCGCCGGCGGGAACAGCGAGGGUCAGCUGGGGCUCGGCCACUGCGAGGAGAGGACGGCCUUCCAGAGACUCGACUUCUUCGACUCGUACGGACCAAUCAAAAUGCUCGCUGCUGGUUCGAACACCUCUGCUGCUCUCACAGAGAGUGGUAAGCUGUUCAUGUGGGGCGACAACACGGAGGGUCAGAUCGGUUUGGGGAAGGAGAGCCACGCCUCCUCGCCGCAGGAGGUCAGCGUAGGACGGCCCAUCGCCUGGGUGUCCUGCGGAUACUACCACUCCGCCUUAGUGACAGCGGCUGGAGCUCUGUACACGUUCGGAGAGCUCGACAGCGGUAAACUGGGUCUGGGCACCGACCAGCUGGCCGGACACCGAGUCCCUCAGAAGGUGAAGAGCAUCCCGGAGCCGGUGACCCAGGUGGCGUGUGGCGGCGGACACACGGUGGCGCUCACAGAGGACAACGUGUACACGUUUGGCCUCGGUCAGUUCGGACAGCUCGGUCACGGGACGUUCAUCUUCGAGUCGCGGCUGCCGCGUCCGGUCGAGCAUUUCAAGAAGGGUCGGGUCUGUCUGGUGGCGUGUGGCGAGAACCACACGGCCGUCAUCACAGAUGGCGGUUUGCUCUACACGUUUGGAGACGGCAGACAUGGGAAACUGGGGCUUGGAGAGGAAAACUUCACCAACCAGUUUAAACCAACGCUUUGCCCGCGCUUCCUCAAGUAUAACGUUCAGGCAGCUCCGUGCGGCGGCUGUCACAUGGUGGUGCUGGCUCGACCGAGGGACCAGAGCUGCGGUGAUGUCACCCUGGAGGAGGACGACGUGACGGAGGAUUACCUGGAGAAGCCGUACGUGGAGCUGCUGGGGGACACGGCGGACUCGUCCACCCUGCAGAGGAGCCUCUCCGCCCGGGUUCGCAGGAGGGAGCGGGAGCGAUCUCCGGACCAGUUCGGCGCCAUGUUCCGCACGCUGCCCGCCAUGACGCCCGGCUACCUCCACCCGCCGCUGCCCGUCUCCAGCCAGACCAUCCCGCCCAGACUGCCUCCACCUGAGCUGAGCCACAGAAAGGUGCUCAACGGCACUCACCAACACGGGAACGCAGGGUCAAACCACAAGGAGCAGACAGGGGGCGAGACAGACAGCGUUGUGGAGAGCCUGACCGACACCGACAGCGUUAGAGGACUGGGGGAAACAACAGACUUCCUCAACAUGACGCAUGUGAUGAAGAUGGACCCCAGUGAUAAAACGCUCACACUGUCUCCAGUUCAGAAGAGGAAGGGUAAGCAUGGUAAGGCCUUAAAAACACAGAAAGAGAACCCAAAAAAGGAGAAAACGCUCUCAAAGCAGAGCAGUUUCUCUUCGACGUCUCCGUCCCGUAAGAGCGAGACCGUCUCUCCUCGCCGGGCGUUACCCACCGAGCUCCUGAAGAGCCACAGCGCUCGCUCUCUGGUCGCUCAGAGCCCACAGAGACAGAAGACAGCUGACCAGAACAAAGAGAAUCUGAUCAUGGCUGUGGAGGAGCUGGAGGGGAGACGCAGUAAAAACAAACCUCCGAGCGUCGGCGACAUUAGGAAGGCAGCGUCCAAGCAGCGGCUCAGGCCAGUCCAGGCGAAAAGCCAGCUGAUAGAGGUCGGCAGGAAACUGGUGCCAGACUCUAAACAAAGUAAACACCCGGAAAGCAAAAAGACACGUUUAGGUUUUGGCUCUGAAUCUGCUGAGGUGAAAGUAAAACAGUCUAAAAGCAAACCGAUAGCCGUCAAAAGUGAACACGCAGGAGUGAGCUCGCCAGGUGAACGCAGUCAGUCAGUGAGCCCUCGACGGCAAAAAUCUAAGGAGAGCACAGAAAUAUUAAAAGAUCCUAAAAAAUCAAAGAAUGAGAAAAAUAAAAAAGAGGCUCAGUCCAAGAAAUCUGCUAAACAAACACCGGAAGGAGCUUCAACUCUCGGCCUGCUCGCCGGAGCUGCCUCUGUGGCCGCAGGAUCAGCGUUGAUCCGAGAGGUGGCGUCAAGAAGCCGCUUUAGCUCGCCGUCGCUCACCGCAUCUGAGAGCAGCCGCGGCGUCCGUAAAGACAGCGUGACGAAAUCACAGAGCGAGGAUUCUGGAUCCGAUGCCGCCGAUUUUAGCAACAAAUCCGCCGUCAGCAUCAACAUCAUUCCUGCAUCUGAGAGUCAAGAAGUCGGGACGAGUCAGGACGAGAAGAGUCAGGAUGAAAGCGAAGACCAGACAGACUCUGCGACAGCCAAACGAGAAGAGGAAGAGGAGGAGGAGGAGGAGGGGCAGAAAACAAGUGCAGAAGGAAGCGAUGGAGAGGAGGAGGUCAACAAGAGUAUUGAGAAAGACACAGAAGAAGAGGAGGAAGAAGAUGAAGAUGACAGCGACACUCUUCAGCCAGAAGAUAAGUCAGACACCGAUGUAGACGAGGAGGGAAGCAAGGGUGGCGAAGAAGAUAAGAGCGCUGCUGAGGAGGAGGAAGAAGCAGAGGAGGAGGAAGAGGAGGAAAAGAGUGGGACGGCAGGAAGUGAAAGUGAAGAUGAAGAGAAAGAGAGCAAAGGAGGGGAUGUAGAAGAAGAGGAGGAGGAGGAAGGUGAGGAAGUCUCGAGUCAUGAGUCAGAAAGCAAAGCAGGAGAGUCUGAAAACGAGGAGGAGGAGGAGGAGGAAGAUGCAUCAGAGGAGGAAUCUUUAAAGUCUUCGGAGGAGAGAGAAAAGAGUGACGUAGAGAGUUUGACAGAAGAAGAAGAAGAGGCAGAGGAGGAGGAGGAGGAAGAGGAAGGUGAGGAGGACGAGGGUGAAUUGGAAGAGGAAUCUUCAAAGUCUUCAGAGGAGAGAGCAAAGAGUGAUGAAGAGGAAGAAGCAGAGGAGGAAGAGGAGGAGGAGGAGAAAAAGGAGAGUAGUGCUGAGGAGGAAGAGGAGGCGAGUAGUGAGGAAGCAGAGAGUGAAAACGAGGAGGAAAGUGAGGAAGAGGAUGAAGAAGGAGAGGAGGAGGAGGAGGAGGCCGAAGAGGAGGAGGAGGAGAGUGAAAAAGAAGAGCUGGCUGAGGAGGAGGAAGAAGAGGAGGCAGCAGAGGAGGAGGAAGAAGAGGAGGCGGCAGAGGAGGAGGAAGAAGAAGAGAACGAGGAAGAAAUGGAAGAAGAAGAAGAGGAGGAUCAAAAAAGUGAGGAUGAGGCAGAUGAAGAGGCAGAGGAGGAAGAGGUUGACAAUGAAGAUGAAGAGGAGGAGGAGGGGGAGGAAGAAGAGCAAGAAGAAGAGGAAGAAGAGAAAGAGGAGGAACAAGAGGAAGAAGAAGAGGAGGAGGAGGAAGCAGAAGAAGAAGAGGAGGAGGAGGAGGAAGCAGAAGAAGAAGAGGAGGAGGAGGAGGAAGCAGAAGAAGAAGAGGAGGAGGAAGAAGAGGAAGAGGAGGAGGAAGAGGAAGAAGAAGACGAAGAAGAAGACGAAGAUGAGGAGGAGGAGGAGGAUAAUGUUGAUGAUGAAGAUGUGGAAGAUGAGGAAGAGGAGAAUGAUACUUCAGCAGAGACGGAGGGACCGUCCUCGCAGAGUUUGGAGGAGUCGACAGAGAAACCAGCAGAGGAGACUCUGAGUCCUAAACCUGAAGAGCUGAAAGAAGAAUCUGUACCUGAUGGAGAGCAAAGAGCAGCAGAAAUCACAGAGGAGCCGGACACCACCGCUGAAGAAAAGACAAACGAUGGCUCCAAACCAGCCAAUGGGACAACAGACAGCAACUCAAAGAGCCAAUCAGGUUCCAACAAAAAGCUCUCUCUCUUCAGACGGCUGUCCUUCUCCAGGUCAAAGCAGACCAGCGACAGGGAACAAGCCCCGGCGGAGGGCACCGGCGGCGGGGACGCAGCCGUCCAGGGAGAGCCUCCGCCCCCAGCUGCUGCCGGGAGCAGCGACCGGGGAAAAGCACAGCAAAGGCCUCGCUCUGAAGCCUGCGCCGUCCUGUGAUUCCCAAGAACUAAACUCUCAGGUGGCCUCGGUUAUCUCGGAAAGUGAGACCAAAGUGUGAAAAGGUUCAUUCACAGCAGUUACAGUAAACUCCAAUAGAGACCCAGAAGGACAGUUCAGCACUGCUUGUCUGUUUACUUUCUUUAUUCAGCACUGAAGAUAAUGUGACACGGUCACAGAGAGCACCCAUUUUCUGCUGUUUAGUUAAAAAAACACGCCGAUAAAGGUGGGAAAAUUACCGCAAUGUUUUUCUUAUCCACAGGUCAUUUUGAAAAGUACCAAGCCGUCCUAUUUUUAUAGUGUUGUUGCAGGAUUUUAGUAAUUUUCUUGACUUUUCCUGUCAUACUGUUUGGGUCUUUUCCAGUCAUAAUUCCUGCUUUCCUGUUUUUCCCAGAGUGACAGGAAACACAAAUGUGUCAGAACUGGCUGGACUACCAACCCAGCAAAGUGGCCCCAGAACCCCAAAAAGCUCCAGGUUUACUGUGUUUAAACUGAUAUGUGCUAAUUUAUUGAAAAUUUGGAAGUGUGCUCUACUAAAGCACAUUAUCAGCUGACAUGUAAAGGUACCCUGUGGAGCUUUUGACCACUCGUAAGUCUAUGGAACAAUGUUUUUUUACAACUGCGUACCUGGGUUGUUCUUUUAAACCUGACCUUUAGGCCUUGUCCCUGUGCCGAAAAAAAAAAUCUGGCUUUAAAACCUUCACUAAUUCAGUUUAAAGUUAUAUGUAGCAUAUUCCUAAAUGACCAUGCUAAUUUGCAGCAAAUCAGGGGCUCCAGCUAUCAUCAGAAUAUCUAUAGAAACGUCCGUUUCUAAAUCAGUAAAUACACUAUUUCUUUCAACAUGCUAUUUUAGUGUAUUUUAGCUCUGUCGAGGAGAAACUGAGUGUUUCAGGGACAGAAAGUCACUGUUUAUAAUAAUGAUUUCAUAUCAAACGCUCAUGAUUUCUACAUUUAUUUAAAUUGCUUUUGCUACAAAUGUCUAUCUAACAUCUAUCAACGAUACUGUUGACCCAUUAUGUGAAAAUGUUAAGUGAGACUUACUAAAAACUUCCUAUCUGUACUCUAAAAAGCUUCAUUAUUAUUAUAAGAUAAGCCAGGGUUUAUCUUAUAAUAAAAAAAAAGUAUAAUCAAGUCACCACAUCCUAACUUUAUGCCCAAUUUUUCCACAUUAUGAACUGCUGAUUUUUAUAAAGCGUCCUCCACCCCCUGUACUUCCUACAUCCAUUAAAUAAAGUUAUAGAUCAACAGUGGAUAAUGGAGUAUGUUGCAGGAGGGGUUUGAUGAGUUUAGGUCUGCAGCUAAUGAUUAAAGAAUAAUUAAUUAAUUAAGCUGAUGUUCAAUAACCCUAAAGAUAUUUCAUUUACUAUUAUUGACAUCUAAAAAAAAUCAGCAAAUCUAUAAAUUUUCUGCAUUUUUUGUGUAGAAAAAACAAAAACAAACUACUAAUAUGUUAUCAAAAUUGUUGCAGAUGAAUUUUCAGUCAAUCAGCUAAUGUAUUGAUCAAGUUUCUGUGGAUGUUUUGAUGCUUUUUUUUUAAAAUCAUGUCUCCAUUUGAAUCCACUGUAACUGCUGUGAAAUGUGUAUUUUU